AUGACCGGCAAAACACAGACCAGCAAUGUCACCAAUAAGAAUGACCCAAAGUCCAUCAACUCUAGAGUCUUCAUCGGCAAUCUGAACACAGCCAUUGUCAAAAAAGGUGACAUCGAAGCAAUCUUUGCAAAGUAUGGGAAAAUAGUUGGCUGCUCUGUGCACAAAGGUUACGCGUUUGUACAGUACAUGAGUGAGAGACAUGCCAGGGCUGCAGUGGCAGGAGAGAAUGCCAGGAUCAUCGCAGGGCAGCCACUCGAUAUCAACAUGGCAGGAGAACCAAAACCAUAUAGACCAAAACCUGGCAACAAACGUCCACUUUCAGCACUUUACAGACUUGAAUCAAAGGAACCUUUUCUGUCUGUUGGUGGUUAUGUCUUUGAUUAUGAUUACUACAGGGAUGAUUUCUACAAUCGGUUGUUUGAUUACCAUGGACGUGUCCCCCCACCACCUCGUGCUGUGAUACCACUGAAGCGUCCUCGUGUGGCUGUGACUACAACUCGUAGAGGCAAAGGGGUUUUCUCCAUGAAAGGAACAUCACGAUCCACCUCAAGUGGGACUUCUUCCUCAGGAUCCAAAUCACCCACCUGUCUUCCCCUGCCCCUUAUGUGGAGUGAUACUGCCCUUGGAAGCGUCACUGGAAGAGGAAGAGAAAGAUCAGUGAAAUCAGAUGAGUUGCAAACAAUCAAGAAGGAAUUAACCCAAAUCAAAACAAAAAUUGACUCCUUGCUAGGGAGACUGGAAAAGAUUGAAAAACAGCAAAAAGCUGAAGCAGAAGCUCAAAAGAAACAAAUGGAAGAUAAUGCUGAUUUGGUUCAAGAAGAAUGCAUAUCAGAGAAUGCAGAUAACUCUACAGAAGAUCCAAUUGAAGGAGGGCCAGAUGGAGAUGGGGAUGGAGAAGAGAUGACUGAUGGGAUAGAGGAGGAUUUUGAUGAGGAUGGCAGCAAUGAGCUGUUUCUACAGAUCAAGUGAUGAGAUGCCACGUGUGAACCCCCUGAAGGCUAAGAAGACAAACUCUGACUUCCCCACAGAAAAUUGCGAACUGCAGUUUCUUACUGGCUUGUAACACCUUUGAUUCAAUUUGUAUGAAAAUUAAAUUUACUUAUUAAAAUGAACAUUAAUGUUCAAAUAUUAGAAAUUCCAUUUCUUAUAUGUUCUAAGCUGUACAAUUGUCAGAUUUUUAUGGUUUAGAUUGUAAAUGUGUUUUUCUCUGGCUAAUUAUUGGUAUUAUUUUUUUAAUUUUGAUGUCUUAAAAGCCAAUGUACUGUAUCAUAAUAUUAUGAAGGACAUAUUUAACAGGUGUGGGAAACACUGUAUACAAAUGUAUAUUUCUAAAAGCUAUUUUUAUGAUUAGCAUGUUUUACCCUAUUUAGAGUCAGGUGUUAUUGCCCUUCCUUGUUUACAGCUUAAUUCAAACAAGAUCAUUAUGAUUAGUGACACACUUAAAAACACUGUAUGCUAUUUUCCAUUUUUUAUUUAUUGUAUUUGUCAUCUAAAGUAACCAUGUUUACUAAACAGGCUUAGUUGCUAAAAAGUAAAUAUGUCAAAAUAUGAAAGCAAUCUUUGAUAAACUGUAAAUUGGAUCCUUUUGUUCAUCCCUUUCUUCAGAUAAGCGCUCUGUGAUGCCACGCACUAUGCAGUUGUUGCAGCAGUAUCUGCACGUCUCUAAAGGCAGUUUCUUGCUGCCAUAUGGAAAGUUUACAUGACAGUCAGUCUCCUCCCCAGUCAGGUAAAUUACCUAUGCUGCCAAUAUUUGAGAGCCUGAGUUGGCUUACUGAUUACUUCUUUGUUUCAUUUCCUGGCAGCAGUCUGUCCACUCCCCGACCCCAAAAGCCUUCCUAAAAGCCUGAAGUUGGAAUAAUUAUUACAGGUGUCCUAGGGGUAAUGUCAGCAUCAAAUUUCUUAAUAAAUCAUAUUUCCUUUCAAAUAGAAUGGAUGCACUAUUUCUCUUUUGUUACUAAGAUACUAAGAGUAUCAAAGCACAUCUGAUAUGGGUACAAGUUCUUAUCUAAGGAGAGUAUCAACUCAUUAACCAUCUGAAAGCUAGGCCUCCUUAGUGCUGCAGAUGACACGAAACAAGGAAGAAAUGUUGAUUUACAUCCACAUGUGAGAUAUACUCUGAGAGACAUAUCUUUGAAGUGAUUGUAGGGGCAAAAAAGUUAAAGCAAUAGCCUUCCAAUAGUGUGAAUGUAAAUAUUUUAACCAGUCAGAUGGAGCUCCGACCCAGUUUCAUAGCAUUGUGCAAAACAACCCUAACUGCUAUCAUAGAAUCAUAGAAUGGCCUGGGCUAAAAAGGGCCACAAUGAUCAUCUAUUUUCAACCCUCA